GGCGGUCACCAAAAUCGACCUUGAUACUGGCCUCGGAAUUGAGACUAGGGCUAGGUAGUGACUCCCCUGCUUGGAGCUGCAAGGGGCACACACGUUGCGAACCCAAUAUUCACCGACACACGUGGCCCUUGCUAAUCAAAUGCAAAUAUCCAGCUGUAUCGCCACUUUGCUGCUUUAUGGAUCGGGAUAUUUACGCCGUGCUUUGCCACUACCCGCUAGAUCUCCUGAUACAUGCUGCCACGGAAAUUAUAUCUGCCCGGGUUGUUGUUGGGUUAUGGUAGCAGACUCUUCAAUAUUCAAGGCAAUUUUACCCGGUAAUCGAAGGCUGUACAGCUAUUUAGAUACGACAGACCGAGCAUAUCGACGCCUUCAACUCUGUAGACUACGCUUGCCGCAUUCGCACAAGCCACCAGGGCAUCAUGUUACCCCUCAUACUGGCCAUUGCGGUUAUGAGACAUCUUGCGAUCAGACGAGGCCCGUCUGCCGUUUUCUCCUGAGACCCGCCCUUGUUCGACGUCUAUCACAGCUGCGCUUGGGACGUGCGACCAUAUCUCCAACCUCGCUCAAAUAAGACCCGAAGUUUUCAAUGUGAGUUCCCAUGUCUGAGUCUCUUGGCAUCGUCACAAGCCGCCCAUCACCCCUAUAAUUAGGGGCUGUAGAAGAGCAACCCUACAGCUUUCCAGACACUUCCCACCUUUACCUUCCCACUCCUUUCCCAUUGCUAUAAUAAUAGUGGUGGCAGCGCCUUGCUCUGAACUCUUCAUCCAGUUC